GAGGACCACCUGACCUGCCCAUCGCUGUCAUGGUCCGCUUUGACAGCUACUCCGGCCCCACCUUCCCUGACGGCACAGUACCCAUCACUCCUCUUCGCCGCUCCUGGUCUUCCUCAGGAGGCCCAUGCUCACGUCUUCAGCUGCCCCUCAAGCUGGCAUGGGCAGUCACCAUCCACAAGUCUCAGGGUCUCACCCUGGACAAGGUGGUCAUCGAUGUCGGCAAGAGAGAGUUCUCCACAGGCCUAACAUUUGUUGCCUGCUCUCGUGUCCGUUGCCUCCAAGACUUGCUCUUUACGCCGCCAUUUCCUUACCAGCGGCUCUCCAGCCUCUCAAACAGCAGUCGUCUCAAGGACAGACAAGAAGAAGACCAGCGGCUUCUCUCUAUACAGCUACAGCCAUCCACCACUCAGUACUUUACAUCUACCACCAUUUAACCAACCGCAUGGUGGCCCUCUCAAGAUCCAAUUAAUCACACCGUAUAGCUAGUCGUCCCUUCGCAUCUUAGUUAGUUGUCCCUUCGCAUCCUAGUUAGGUUCCUGCACCGUAGCUAGUCGUCC